UUAUUUGCUUGUUUGAGAAAAUUUUUUAUAAAACAGAUUUACCGUCGUUAUAGUGUCUCGAAUUACUAAUACAAUAGCAUUUGUAAGACUCACCAAAUGGUCUUGUAUUAGUAGCCAGAAUUGCAAUAGUAACAACGUUCCAAUUCCACUGUUUAUUUUCCUACUUUGUUGGUGGGUAUCUGUUAUUUUUUCAUCUUUCUUUUUCUAAAUUUCAACUUUUUACUUGAUUUGUUUUCUUCUUUCUUCCAUGGACAUCUCCUGUAGUAAUUUGUACCGGUACAAUUAAAAACCCCUUCGUCUAUUGCUACGAAAAGAGUUGUUUACCAUGCCCACAAACUGUUUGUUGAAAUGCCUAAAUGAAAAAAGGGAAAUGUCUUUGGGGCUUUUUUACUCGUUAUUCUUAACAUACAGGGAUUAAGUCCAGUUAAUUCAGUACUUAAAUAGUCCAAGUCAGCCUACUACAAAAAGAGGGUUGCCUCCAAAUUCAUUCCCUUCCUCCCUCCCUCCCUCCGAUCCCCUCGCAGCUUUGGUUCCAAAACCAUGAGAGAACUCGUCACUCUUCAAGUUGGAAGCUUUGCAAACUAUGUGGGCUCCCAUUUCUGGAACUUCCAGGAUGAACUACUCGGGUUGGCGGAGGACGCUUACGCCGACCCGGUGUUCAAGAAUCAGUCCUUGAACAUGGACGUGCUCUACCGCUCUGGUCAGACGCGCCAGGGCACUGUGACUUACACACCCCGCCUCGUUUCGGUUGAUCUUCAAGGGUCCCUCGGGUCUUUGAGUUCACGCGGCACGUUGUAUAAUGAGGGUUCAUCUGCAUCAUCAAAUAUUUUCACAUGGGGUGGUAAUGUUUCUACUCAAGCCGCUGAGCCUCAUAAGAAGAAUUUGUUCUUACAAAGUUUAUACGAGGAAGAGCAGGGGGAUUUUUUGACUCUUCAAAAUGGUGUCAAUGGUGAGGAGGAGAGUUCUCGAAGGGAAAUUCAUGACAGCGAAAUAGUGGAGAGUUUAGAAAAUGGGGUCCAGUACUGGACUGAUUUUUCAAAAGUUCACUAUCAUCCCCAAAGUUUAUAUGAAUUGAGUGGUUUGUGGGUGGAUCCUCAGAAAUUUGACAAUUACGGGAUUGGAAAAGAAUCCUUAUCUGCGGGUUUACAGGGAGAAGAAGUUAGUGAGAGGCUUCGCUUUUUUGUAGAAGAGUGCGACCAUAUUCAGGGUUUUCAAUUCAUCGUUGAUGACUCAGGAGGUUUCUCUCCUCUAGCUGUGGAUAUUCUGGAGAGUAUUGCAGAUGAAUACACAAAUGCUCCAGUGAUGCUUUAUGCUGUGCGUGGUUCAGGUUCUUCCAUGGACCCCAGAAGCCAGAAGCAGAGAGUCAGUAGGAAGCUUCACGAUGCAGUUUCGUUUUCAAUGCUGUCAUCCUUAUGCAAACUGAUUGUUCCAGUCGGGCUACCCUCAUUGAGUACAAGCAAAGCUUCAAACUUUCUCAGCAUCAAUGAUGAAAUGCCUUAUCACUGCAGUGCAGCUUACGCUGCCACCCUACAUUCUGUUAGUCUCCCUUUUCGAAUGGAACCACUUGGGCCCACUGGAGACUCAUCUUAUGCUUCUGGUGCUGCGACUGUUAGUGAGGUUGUGCAAAUCUUAUCAGGGCAAGCUAGGCAAAAUAUGGUUGCCAUUCUGGAUGCUGCAAUGCCAUCCCCUUCUUUAGCUGAGAAUUCACUUGGUGAGACUUUAUUAAGGAAUUUGCAGCCAUUGACACCAGAGACAGCAGAAGAUGUCGAGGACUUACAGUUACUAGAAUCCAUGACAGUCCAUGGGGCCCUAGGAUCAGGAGGUCAUCGGGCAUCAAUUUCUGAAGUUAAGGAUACAGUUCACGCUGCCUAUGAGCAUGCAAUAACAAGGCCGAUGUUCUGCCAUCUGUCAGUGGCUCAAUGUCCUCUUCCAAUACCUUUGCCUUUUCCUUCAAUCUUUGGCAACCUUGUUGGCCAACAUGGUGAACUUUUGAGCACGCCAAUUGUUGGUUCCCCAUCGAGGGGAUCACUUGAUGUUCAUUCCAUCCCUAUGGCAGCUAGACUACGGUCUAGCAGUGCCAUCUUGCCAUUUUUGGAGAAUAGAUUGGGUGGCCUUCGUAGCUGUGGGAUUGCCAGAGGAGCACCUGGGGCAGAGUUAGUUAGAAGUUGGGGCUUUGCAAAGGAUGAAUUAGAAGACAUGGGUGAGAUGCUGUCUAAAAUGAUUGCGACACUGGAUCCGCAUUCUCAAAUGUCAUCUGAUUCAGAUUAAUUUUCCGACAUGAUUCAACAUUUUAGGGGGGUUGAAUGUGAAGCUUUCUUUGCCUGGGGAAAGCAACUACUAACGCGCAAUUUUACGCAGGUGGAGAUAUGUGGAAGUGCGGAAAGAAUGGGUUUGACAUGGCUGGAUCUGGAAACAGAGAGAGAAAGAGCUGUACAAGCUGUCAAUUUGUGGUGAAAGUCAAAGAUGUAUGUUCGAAACUCGGAAUACAGGGCAAACCGGUAAAGGAUGAGAGACCAACGAGCAAUGAAUUUCUAUACAGCUGAAUAUUUUGAGUUAAUCAUUCACAUUGUCUUGUUUUCUGCUCCAAUAUACAUGGGAAGAUCUGUGUGCCUAUGUAAAAUCUUUGUAGUUUUUACGUUCGGUUCUAAAAUUAUGUGGAUAUAAUACCAAGACGUUUCA